GCUUUCUAUGCGGUUUUUGGUGUGAAUUCUGUUGAGUAAAAUAAAAUAAGAAAGGCAAAAUAAGCUGCUGAAAAAAACUAAUAGCGCUUAAUUGUUGAAGUUGUUUUACUCAAUGAAAAAUAGGCAAGAAGGCUUAAUUUCAAAUAUUUAGGGGUUUUCUUGAAACCUGUGUCUCAAUUCAUAGAUGCGUCAUAAUCCCACAUUUUUUUUACAGCGCAUCUGAGUGUUUUUGGUUCCUUGCUCCAUUUUCCUGAAUAUCACGCUGCGCCGUGGCCAUGAUUACUUUCUCAAUAGCUCUGAAAUAUGUAUUCUGUUUGCAUAUUCCUGCACCUUAAAAGAUUCAUACAAUAUACAAAGUAAAACAUAUUUAUAUAUUCACAUAUUUAUUCAGCAAAUGCACUGUCUAAUCAUGCAUUUUUUAAACUUGGCUGAUUUAGGUGUUGUGCUAUACCCCCGAAGGUCCAUGAGGGGACACUCUAGACCGUAACAUCGACUGGGUGUCGUUGACGCGCAAAGGCAGCUCCCGAGUUGAGAGCGUCCAUUUUUUUCGGUGCUUUGUUAUGCCGAGACGCCGUGGAAGAAAGCAAUAUAUUCAGUUCGGGUCUAAAAAUAUGUGUUUCUCUCUAUAAGGCGAGGUUUUGGUAAGCCUACAUACGGAUCUAUGUUUUGCUAUCGUUGGACGGAAUUAUGCAUCUGCUGGGAAGAUUGAUCUCUGUUGGAAUAUAUCUGUUUUUUGUCUCCGUGGAGCAUAACUGCGGACCGGUGUCUGGGCAGCUUUCCUACUCCGUGCAGGAAGAGGUAACUCCGGGGACUUCAGUUGGCAACUUAGCAAAGGAUCUCAACCUCAAUGUGCAGGAUUUGGAGUCACGUAUGUUUCAGAUAGUAGCCGGAUCAAAGAGGAAGUAUUUUGAUGUCAAUUUAAAGUCGGGAUUUCUUUAUGUAACUGAGAGAAUAGAUAGAGAGGAGCUGUGUGCGAAGGCGACAAAAUGCACACUAAAUGUGGAAGCCGUCAUCAACGAUCCACUCAAACUUUAUCGAAUUGAAGUUAAUAUUCUCGACGUAAAUGAUAACCCGCCCGCUUUCAGUGCGAAAACACAAACUAUGGACAUGGCAGAGAACAUAUUGCCCGGAGCAACGUUCCCGGUGCUGUCUGCGUAUGACGCUGACGUGGGGAAAAACGGAAUUAGCACAUAUAAGCUCAAACCUAACGAAUACUUUUCUUUAACGGUGCACAAAGGUGAGAGUGUGUCGGCGGAAUUAGUCCUGCAGAAAGCCCUGGACCGUGAAAAGCAGCCUUUAAUUAGACUCACGCUGACUGCAAUAGACGGGGGGACACCAGUGAAGUCAGGCACAUCAGAAAUCAUAAUUCACGUUUUGGACACUAAUGAUAAUUUUCCGACUUUUACAAAAACAUUGUAUAAAACGAGCAUCGCAGAAAAUGCACCUAUCGGCACGACCGUGGUGACGGUGACUGCGACUGAUGCCGACCAGGGGUUAAACAAAGACAUUGUGUAUUUACUAAACUCAAAAGAUCAGGACCACGUCUUAGAAAUCUUUGAAAUUGACGCCGAAACGGGAACAAUAACAGUUAAGGAGAAUAUAGACUUUGAAUUAAACCCUGCUUUUGAGAUUCGCGUGCAGGCUACAGACAAAGGCCAGCCUCCGCUGACAGCUCAGUGUAAAGUCCUGGUGGAGGUGGUGGACGUAAACGACAAUGCACCUGACAUCACUGUCACGUCACUACUCAGUAGCGUAAAAGAGGACGCGCAAAUUGGCACUGCAGUAGCUCUUGUUUCAGUGCUUGACAGAGAUGGCGGCAAAAACGGUGACGUAAAAUGUGAAAUCGCGAACACCGUUCCCUUUAAAUUAGAAACAAAUUACAAAAAUUAUUAUACAUUGGUUGUAAGUGGCGCUCUAGAUAGGGAAUUAAGUUCGCAGUACAAUAUUACUAUUAAAGCUGCAGAUGAAGGAAGCCCUCCUCUGUCUAAUAUUAGCCUUAUUUCGAUUCAAGUUUCCGAUGUAAAUGACAACGCGCCGCUGUUCUCCGAGAAGGUAAUAAAUAUUUACGUGCAAGAAAAUAGUCCACGGGGUGGAGUUUUGAAAGCAGUGUCCGCGACCGAUGCUGAUGCAAGUGAAAAUGGCAUGGUGAAUUAUGCAAUAAUGAUGAACAAUAACUUUGUACCGCUGUCAACUAUGGUCAACAUAAACUCAGAAACAGGAGAUAUAAUCAGUCUGCAGUCAUUUAACCACGAGGAGUUAAAAACAUUUCAGUUCAAAGUUCAGGCCACAGACUCUGGUGUUCCUCCGCUCAGCAGCAACGUCACAGUAAACGUUUUCAUCCUGGAUGAAAAUGAUAAUAAUCCAACCAUCUUAGCUCCUUAUUCUGAACACGGUUCUGUUAACAGUGAGACCAUCCCUUAUUCUGCUGAAGCAGGAUACUUUGUAGCAAAGAUCAGGGCUGUGGACGCAGACUCUGGAUACAAUGCGCUGCUUUCUUAUCACCUGACUGAGCCUAAAGGAAACAACCUGUUCAGGAUCGGAACCAGCACCGGGGAAAUCAGGACUAAGAGGAGAAUGAGCGACAAUGAUCUGAAAACGCACCCCUUGGUGGUGCUGGUUUCUGAUAACGGAGAACCUUCCCUGUCAGCUACGGUGUCUAUUGAGGUGAUGGUGGUUGAAAGCACAGCUGACGUCCAGACUCAGUUCAGACAUGUUCCUAUAAAGGAGGACAGCUUCUCUGACUUGAACUUGUAUCUGCUGAUCGCCAUCGUGUCGGUGUCUGUGAUCUUCCUGCUGAGUCUCAUCAGUCUAAUAGCUGUCAGAUGCCACAGGACAGACGGCACUUUCAGCAGGUACAGCGCCCCCAUGAUCACCACCCACCCUGACGGGAGCUGGUCUUACUCUAAAGCUACCCAGCAGUAUGACGUGUGUUUCAGCUCAGACACACUGAAGAGUGAUGUAGUGGUUUUCCCCGCACCGUUUCCACCUGCAGAUGCUGAACUGAUCAGUAUUAAUGGAGGAGACACUUUUACCAGAACUCAGACUUUACCAAACAAAGAAAAGGUAAGAGCAUAGUUAUAUUAUUUGUCACCCUUUACUUCUACACAACUAACACGUGCCCCUGCUUAUGCAUUUGCGCUAUUUUCUAACGAACCAUUGUAUCACACUUUUGCAAAUAAGCUGCUGACACUUCUUCAGAAGUCAUGACAUUUGAGAAAACCGGAGUUAUGAAGAAAGGAGGUAGCAAUGUUUGGCUGGUGUGCAGCGCCGACCGCAUGGGCGCGCAU